UGAACCCCGUGAGAUGAAGUUGCGCCCGCAGAAUGGCUUUUGUAUCAACAAAGUUGCACCAAAAGUGCGUAAAGUUUUACUGUGGUUCCAUCUUUGCCACAUUAACAACGGUUUGUUCAUCGAAUUGAACAAGGCAACCAUUAAUAUGCUACGGAUUGCCGAACCCUAUAUUACAUGGGGCUAUCCAAAUCGUAUACCAGUUCGUGAAUUGAUCUACAAACGUGGAAUUGUCAAGCGUAACCAUCAACGUGUCCCAAACUCUGACAACUUUGUGAUCGAACGCAAAUUGCACAAAGCGCACGAUAUUCAGUGCGUUGAUUAUUUGGCGCACGAAAUAUUCACUGUUGGAUCCCACUUCAAGAAAGCCCCGAACUUACUGUGGCCACUACGUUGAGGUUGGUGAUUUCGGUAACCGUGAAGAUAAUAUCAACAAACUGCUGCGCAAGAUGGUUUAAAGAAAUUUUCUGGUGUACAAGAGCCGUUAUUAAAUAAAGACACAACUGCGUCGGGCGUUGGUCCUGACGUAUAUAGAAUUAAUGCAUUAGAGAGAGAUAAUUAUACAA